GCCACCCAUCAGUCGUCGUCAGCCAUGUUGUUGGUGUGACACACUGAGCUGUCAGCAACAGGUUCUCAGACAAGUACCGCUGCUAAACUUUAACAUUUCUCCAAUAAAUACCGCUCUCUUUGGAUACUAAACCUCUACAGAGUGUCUGGGAAACCUCUCAGAAGUGGCGGGUGAUAACUUCAGGCCCCUCGAAAGCUCAGAAGUUGAUGUUUUUUGGCCGCAGUGAGAGAGGUACGCAAGCGAAACUGCUUAUCUAAGCAUGAGUAUGGCUGCGAGCAGUAGCUGAGGACGCCACCGGGAGUUCCCCCUCUCUGUCUGUCUCUGCCACCUGCAAAUAUGAAUGGUGGUCUAAGUAUAUGGGCAAUUAGUCCAGAGGAGAGGAACAAACAUGAUCAGAAGUUUGACACCCUCUCCCCAUCAAUGGGCUAUGUCUCAGGGGAACAGGCAAGAAAGUUUUUCCUCCAAUCAGGGCUGCCUGCUGCAGUUUUGGCUGAGAUAUGGGCUCUGGCUGAUAUGAAUAAAGAUGGGAAGAUGGACAGGUUGGAGUUUUCCAUCGCUAUGAAGCUCAUAAAGCUAAAACUCCAGGGUACACAGCUCCCCUCAGCACUGCCAAUCAUCAUGAAGCAGCCUCCGGUGCCUGCUCCCACCUCAGCCAUGACAAACCCAGCCUAUGGUAUUGGUUCUGUAUCUAACAUGCCCAUGAUGCCAGGGACAAACCUUGCCAUGUUGACCCCUAUCCCCAUGGCAACCCCUGGACUCUCAACUUUGACACCAAUGACAGGCCUCACCCCUUUGGUUCCUACAGCAACAGGCAUGAGCCCUCUAAUAGCCUCCACCCCCAACAGGCCCCUGAUGCCCACUAUGGGAAACACCACACUGCCAAACGGCACCAUGGGAAUUCUCCAACCAAUCCCAGCUGGAACUUUAGCCACUGGUCUAGCUGCAUCCACCUACUCCUCUCCACUAGGACUCUCCUCUUCUGGUGGUAUGAACAAGGCAUCAUCACUGCUGGACCUGGGAUCUAGCAGCUCCGCUUCCUCAUCCCCUUCUGUGAUGUCCCCCAUGGUUGCUGGACCCAGUGACUGGGCUGUGCCACAUGCCUCUAGACUUAAAUACAGACAGCAGUUCAACAGCCUGGAUAAACAGAUGACUGGGCACCUCACUGGUCAGCAGGUGAGAGGCGCCAUGGCAACCACGAUGCUGACUCAGACACAGCUGGCCUCCAUCUGGACUUUAGCAGAUGUGGAUAAAGACGGCAAGCUGAAAGCUGAGGAAUUUAUUCUGGCAAUGCAUCUGGUGGACAUGGCAAAGAGCGGACAACCACUGCCACUAACGCUGCCAACUGAGCUGGUACCACCCUCACUAAAGGGAACAGUGAAUGGAUCCAGCUCCUCUCUCUAUGCGGCCCUGACUGAUGACUUGGACAUAGAACCUCCACAGAAAGCCAAGACCAACAUAUCAUUUGAGGAUAAAUUCAAAGCCAACCUGGAGCGGGGGAACGCAGAGCUGGAGAAAAGACGACAGGCGUUACACGAAGCAGAGAGGAGGGAACAGGAGCGGCGUGCACAAAAGGAGAGAGAGGAGCGAGAAAAGAGAGAGAGGGAGGCCCGGGAGGCCGAGGAGAGGAGGAGGAAGGAGGAGGAGAGGAGACUGGAGCGACAGAGGGAGCUCGAGAGGCAGAAAGAAGAAGAGCGACAGAGAGAGAUAGAGAGAAAAGAGGCUGCACAGCGAGAGCUUGAGCGUCAGAGGAAGGAGGAGUGGGAGAGAAGGAGGCGAGGGGAGCUCCAGAUAAAGAGAGAGCAGGAGCAGGAUGAUAUCAUCAGACUGAAAGCCAAGAAGAGGAGUCUGGAGAUGGAGCUGGAGGCUGUGGGUAACAAGCAUCGUCAGAUCUCAGACCGCCUACGUGACAUUCAGAAUAAGAAGAAGCUUCAGAAGACAGAGUUGGAUCUGACCCAUCAGAGGAAGGAGACACGCCAACAAGACAUUAACAACUUACACAAGCAGCUAGAGGAGUUCCAGAGGAAGUUGUCCCAGCUGACUCCAGAGCAGAAGAGACUGACAGAGAAGCUCAAAAACAUGGCUCUGAAUAACAUGCCUGUGGCGACCAUGUCCACUCUGAAGGUGGGUGUUUCAGAGAAAAAAGGGACAUGUAUGAAACUGCGAGACCAGCUGGAAGCUCUGGAGAAAGAGACUGCUGCCAAACUGGCUGAGAUGGACCAGUAUAACAAAGACAUGCAGGAACUGAGAGAGAGCCAGAAAAAGCAGCAGGCAGCAUUAGAGAAACUACGGAGCAUCAAAGAGGACAAACUGCGUGAGCUAAUUCGGAGGAAGGAACAGGAAGAGGAGAGGAGGAGAAGGGAAGAAGAGAGGAGACGACAGGAGGAGGAGAGGAAGCGGAAGGAGGAGGAGGAAGCUCAGAGGCGUAUUAAGAUGGAAAAGGACCGUCAGUGGCAGGAGAAGCUGAGGAGGGAUGAAGAGGAGCGUCAGAGGAGGCUUCAGGAGGAGAGAGAGGCCAAACAGAGGGAGGAGGAGGAAAGAGAGAGACAGGCUAUCAUCCAGGCUGCCAAGGAGCAGGCUGAACGAGAGUUCCGAGCAAAAGAGGAGGCAGAGCGGAAGAGAAGAGAGGAGGAGAGGAGGAAGAAAGAAGAGGAGGAGCGCCGGAGGCAGGAGGAGGAGAGGAGAAAGCUGGAGGAGGAGAGAAGGCUGCUAGAGGAAGAGAGGAGAAAACUGGAGGAGGAGCGGAGGAAAGAGGAGAAGAGAAGGAAAGAGGAGGAGGAGCGGCGCAGGAAAGAGGAGGAGAGGAAGAUACUAGAGGAGGAGAGGAGAGAGGAGGAGCGCAGGAGGGAAAGGGAGGAGGAGGAGAGGAGGAGACAGAGGGCUGCUGAGGCGGCUGUCCGAGAUGCAGAGGAGAGGAGAAAGCGAGAGGAGGAGGAAAGGAGGAGGAGGGACGAAGAGAGGAGAAGGCUUCAGCAGCAGCAGCUGGAGGAGGAGAGGAGGAAGCGUGAGGAGGAAAGAAAGAGGGCAGAAGAGGAGAGGAAGAGAAGGGAGGAGGAAGAGGAGAGGAGGAAAGCCGAGGAGGAGAGAAAGAGGAAGGAGGAGACAUCUCGUCAGCAGCAGCCGAAGCUGGAUAUUCAGGAGAAACUGACGGCUCUGCUGAGAGGACUGGAGGAGAGGAAAGGUGGGCAACCCAGGGCCACACAACACAGGAAGUCUGCCGCUCUCACAUCCUUCAAAGCACUCUACCCGUUUACUGCACGAAACAACGAAGAGCUCAGCUUCAUUGCAGAUGAUAUUAUCGAGGUUGAUGAGACGACAGAGCGGGAAGAGGGUUGGCUGUAUGGCAGCAAACAAGGGAAGAUGGGCUGGUUCCCAGAGAGCUACGUCGAGAGAGUGGCUCCAUCAGACGGAGCUAAUAAUAAUAAUCUGGCUGCUGCUGCUGCUGCUGCUGCUCCUAAAGUGCCACUCCAGUCACAACUUUCCAAUGCCCUUGAGGCUGCCAAAGCAGCAGGGACGAAGUCUGCCUUCACACCAACACACUCUCCAAACCUUGCACCCUCUGAGACACAAGGACAGGUGGUGGGUAACCUGCUCGCCCAGGCCCUGUGUUCGUGGACAGCAAAGACAGACAACCAUCUGAACUUCAAUAAAGAUGAUGUCAUUCAGGUGCUGGAGCAGCAGGAGAACUGGUGGCUGGGAGAGUUGAACGGUGAACAGGGCUGGUUUCCCAAGACAUAUGUGACGCUGCUGGGAGAAGAGGAGAGUUCAGACACAAAGAGCUCCCAUCCUGAUGCUUCAGAGUCAAGCGACAGCCUGCAGCUUGAAGAAUACGUGGCAUUGUACACCUAUGAGUCUCCGGAGCCUGGUGAUCUGACAUUUAUGGAGGGAGAUGUGAUCUUGGUGAGCAAGAGAGAAGGAGAAUGGUGGAACGGCUCUAUAGGUGACCGGACAGGCCUUUUCCCCAGCAACUACGUCAAACCCAAGGAGGCAGAUACAUCAAGUAUAUCUGGGAAGAAGAAGCCAGAGAUUGGCCAGGUCAUUAGGGCCCACACCUCUACAGGCCCUGAGCAGCUAAAUCUGGAAAAUGGCCAGCUCAUUCUCAUCCUCGGCAAGAAUGCCUCCGGCUGGUGGCUUGGAGAACUGCAGGCCCGUGGUAAAAAGCGACAGAAGGGCUGGUUCCCUGCUUCUAAUGUCAAAAUAUUAGGUUCCAACAGCGGCAAGUCCACACCAGCACCCACACCAGUCUGUCAGGUGAUCGCCAUAUACGACUACACUGCCGCCACCAAGGACGAGAUGAGCUUCUCUAAAGGUCAGCUGAUCAACGUUUUAGACAAGAACGACCCUGAUUGGUGGAAAGGAGAGGUCAACGGGGUCACUGGCCUGUUCCCAACCAACUACAUUAAGAUGACCACAGCAGAUUGCGACCCCAGCCAGCAGUGGUGUGCAGACCUGAACAGCUUGGACACCCUGAGCCCCCAGGAGAAGAAGAGACAGGGUUACAUCCAUGAGCUGAUACAGACUGAGGAGAGAUACGUGGAAGACUUGAAUAUAGUGCUGGAGGUUUUCCAUAGGCCUAUGUCAGAGUCAGGCCGGGUGAAUGAUGCAGAGAUGUCCAUGAUCUUUGUCAACUGGAAAGAACUGCUGGCCUGCAACACUAAACUUCUCAAGGCGCUACGCGUUCGUAAGAAGACGGGCGGGGACAACAUGCCGGUGCAGAUGAUUGGAGAUAUCCUGGCCGCGGAGCUGUCCCACAUGCAGCCUUACAUCCGCUUCUGCUCCUGCCAGAUUAACGGAGCCACGCUGCUCCAGACUCGCACCGACAACGAGCCGGACUUCAAGGACUUCCUCAAGAAAAUCGCCACAGACUACAGGUGUAAGGGAAUGCCACUGUCCAGCUUCCUGCUGAAACCCAUGCAGAGGAUCACGCGCUACCCACUGCACAUCAAAAAUAUCCUGGAGUGCACUGCAGAGGGCCAUGCUGACCGAGGUCCUCUGAAAGAGGCUCUGGAGAGGGCGGAGGAACUCUGUCAACAGGUAAACGAGGGUGUAAGAGAGAAGGAGAACUCUGACAGACUGGAGUGGAUUCAGAGCCACGUACAGUGUGAUGGAUCUGUGGAGCACCUGGUCUUUAACUCUCUUACCAACUGUUUAGGCCCCAGGAAGCUGCUCCACAGCGGUAAGAUGUACAAGGUGAAGAGCAACAAAGAGCUGUGGGCCUUCCUCUUUAACGACUUCCUGCUUUUGACACAUGCAGCAAAACAGUUCACCUCUUCUGGACCUGAUAAACUGUUCAGCAACAAGAACAAUGUACAGCUCAAGAUGUACAAACCGCCUGUGCUGUUAAAUGAAGUUCUGGUGAAGCUGCCAGAUCCCUCCAGCGACGAGCCUGUUUUCCACAUCUCACACAUUGAUAGGGUCUACAUACUCAGGACUGACAACAUCAAUGAACGGACUGCGUGGGUUCAGAAGAUCAAGGCUGCGUCUGAAGAAUUUAUUGAGACAGAAAAGAAAAAAAGGGAAAAGGCCUAUCAAGCUCGAUCUGUGAAGGCUAGUGGAAUCGGAAGACUCCUUGUCACCAUCUUAGAGGCCACAGAGCUCAAGGCGAAAAAACCCAAUGGUAAAAGUAACCCUUACUGUGAAGUGACCAUGGGAGCUCAGAUGUUCACGUCCAGAACGCUCAACGACACCCUGAACCCCAAGUGGAACUUCAACUGUCAGUUUCACAUCAAAGACCUCUACCAGGACGUCCUCUGCAUCACCAUCUUUGAAAGAGACCAGUUCUCACCUGACGACUUCCUGGGUCGGACAGAGGUUCCCGUAGCGACCAUAAAGAAAGAGUUGGAGAACAAGGGACCGGUGACACGACGCCUUCUGCUGCACGAGGUUCCUACAGGGGAGGUGUGGGUCCGCCUCGACCUGCAGCUCUUUGGCAACAAAUAGACACGUAGGAUGAACUGAAAUAGGAAAUUGCAUCUUCUACCAAGACAGCAAAAUAAGGACAACUAACUAACCAAAUAAGAAAAGCUGCUUUUUGUCACAUAAACAAACUAGGAUGGCUCCCCCCACCUAAGAAGAUUCCCAUAUCAAACAGGACACCCGUGAACUGCGUUUCACACAUCAGGCCUUAAUAAUUUAAUAUUAACCAGCACUAAUAAUACCUCUUCUUAUCUUCUUAUGUCAUCUGAAUCCUCCAGCAGGAAUGACAGCUCUUUUUCUGCCUCAUGAUGAAAUCAGAUGGAAAGGGAAGCUCUGUGAGUGCAGGAGUAGAACAACAGCUUCAGAGGCCUCUUAAACAGUGGAGACACAAUGUAUCAUGAUGCUGAAUCUGGGUCCUCAGCUUUAAUCAUUUCUAACAUUUAGAGGAAGUUAGAACUACUAAUAAAGCAAUAAAACUAUAAAGGUUAUUCUCUGCUCUCCUCUAGACCCUCACAGCUCUGUCUCAGUCGGGUUUUAAGUAUUCACUCGCUGACACACACUUUGCCAAGUCUGGUCAACCAAGACCAUUUAGUUGAAGUAACUAGUCUUUUCUCUUAACUUAACAAAAUACUGUGUAUAUAUAUGUUGAAGAUAUUUUUUUUUUCUGAGAAGGUCGUGACUGAUGGCUUACAAGAGACUCCGUUGACCUGCUCUAUCAUCACUGAUCAUAAACUGUCUGGUCUCAGUGACAUCACAAACAGUAGAUAUCAAGACGUCGGGCAGCAACGUGAAAUACAUUGGACAACCUGGAUGAGACGUUGUUGUCAGUAGCUCUGGUCUGGAGUCAGUUUACUGCUGUAGAUGGAAGAUUUGUUGAUACAAGGAUACAAGGAUACUCAGGAUCCAUUGUUCUGGGUUGAGUUACUGUAACAAUACUGAACACUUAUUUUGUUUAUCUGGUGUGUAUGCAUGCAUGUGUGUGUGUGUGUGUGUGUGUUGGAUUGUAGAAGUGUAGAGAUGCUUAACAAACAGUUAUGAUACAGAAAUACAGAUAUCUUCAGCUGAGGGCUCUUGAGAUGCUGCAACUUUUGGAGUUGACUUAUAACAUCUGGCCUUAACACAAGCCAUCUUUUAACUCUUUUAAAGUCAGUUUCUAAAAUCCUUUUGGUUUCACUGGCUUGAUGAUGAUGGUGAUCUUAGGAUAAGUGUUUAAGUGUAAGUGUUUUCUCUGCUUUUUCUACAGCCAAGGCCAAGUAAUAUCUCAAAGCAGGAGUGCAAAAUAAUCAAGUAAAAAAAUGAUGGAGGUAAAAAAGCUGCGUCAAUGAAUGUUUCCUUAUACACCUUGAACUCCCUCUCCAGCUGUGUCUGCUCUCCCUGUCUUCCCUUAAGGUGUAGAGGGUUUUGAGGCAACACAGAUUGGCAGGCUGUCAGCAAUAACAAACAGUAUUUGCUUUUGUGUAUUUUUGUUCUUUACAUUUUUAACCUGAUACAUUUAAGUAUCAUUCUCUAGUCGCCGCCUCACUCACAGCCAUACUGCCCAUCUCUGCUGCCUCAAAAAGCUGCGCUUUAUAAACAUCCGCCAUUGAAACUUUACAAGGACAUCUUGUGUAAAAGCUGUAUAUUUAUGUUGUAGGGUCACUUUUUGCUGUCUUCUGUCUUGUUUUUACUCUUUUGUCCUUUUGCAUCCAGUUUCUUUUCUAACUCCGAGCGCCUGCCGGUGCUCUGAAUAUUAACAAAAAAGUGUUGUAUUUAUUUCUUAAUUUAUGCGUGUGAGACUAUCCAAAGGUUUGGAGCGGCUUCGCUCUCUUUGUCAUCUUGGAUAAUCAGCUGAUAUCCACUGGGUUUGUUUUGAACAUGUGUGAUGACAAAUAUUAAAAAUGUCAAUACUGUUUUGAAAAGCAAUAUAACAUCAUAGAUGAGUCUGCUUUCUUUGAGUUUUACUGUAAGUAGACUAGGUCACUAGUCAUUUUGUUAGCCCCGCUGUUUUGUGCUCUUUUGCUCCUUCUCAUUUGUCUUAUUCAAUCAACAGAUCUGUUUUUUAGACUUGGAUUAAUUUCGCUUUUGCUUUUUUUUUCCCCCUUUUUUUUGGGGAAAUUGUGGAAAAUGUGCAAAGAGACUGGACUACCUUCCUUGUCUGUGUAGGGGUGUUAAAGUUUGUCUUUUGUUUUGCUCUUUAUUUUCCACAGCCUUCUGCAUUGACUGCUGCAGUGCUAACUGAGUUCAUGGCCUCUCUAACUGUUCACAGCUGAUCAGCCUGGAGUCUGUAACCUGCUGUUUGUACUCUCUUUGGCCUCUACGUGGCACUCUCUGAUUCAGGGUUUCUUAAGUCAAAUUAAAGACAUUAAAAAUUAACAAA